AUGUUAAAACUCUCCCAAUUGCUCGACGCCAAACGGCGAGAGAGUUCAGAGACAUAUCCAGAGACAUCUCCCCAGUCCCGCCAACCUCCUCAGUCGCCCUUGACUACCAACUCCUCCACCCCUGUGUCCCCUGCUGUCUCUCUAUUCUCCGCCAAAGGCCAUUCUCGUUUCUCUAGCUCCGUUUCCUCCUUGGUCUCCUCUCCAGGCCUUCGGACCUCCAUGGAGUCCAAAAAUCACUUGACGGAUGUAAAGGAAGAACCUUGCGGCUUCGAAGCUAGGGAUCUCGAGGACGAAUACUUCCAACAUUUCGAUCAAGGUCUUUCUGUUGUUGACGACUCUUAUUUUUCCGCUGUCGAUUAUACCGACGGCUACGAUCUGACCGAUACAGUAAUGGACAUCCCACAUUCGCCCAAGAAGAGGCGUUCUGAUAGCCUCUCCAUGAAGGGUAUCUCGCGCAUCAGCUCUCAGAUUUCUACCAUUUCCUCCCGUUUCAAAGCCAGACGGGCCUCUGGCAGCCCCGAUGCGGACAAUGCGACUCCGGACGAGCUACGCUCCCGAACCAACUCCACUACCUCUGCUAUUGCUAGCCCAAUGAUGAUCCCGGUCUCUCGCGCCGGCUCGUCCAUCCCUCCGUCUCCCGCGAGAACCAUCUUCGAGGAACGGCUCAGCGAGUCGGGAACGCAGCCAAUCGACAUUUGCAAAGCCAAUAGCCAAUGCUUCGAGGAGGACUCCGUACCAAAGGCUACCACUCCGUUGCUCCCCCCGUUUAUGGGGGAUGGCCCGAUGAGCGUGGUCGCUUCCCGAGUUCACUCCCCGCUGCAAUCGCCUUCCGUGGCCGACGUAUCAGAUGACGGCUACCCUCCAGAUUCCCGUUGGAUGGCUCCAUCACCUCCCUUGUCGUCCAAGCCCUCUGUGGCAUCGUUCAACCGCCCGCGGGCCAGCACCGUCCGAACUGUGUCGGUGGAACCCCCUCCGUUUCUCCUCUCAGACCCUAAUGACGAGUGGGCAAACAAGCUCGGUCAUGCCAACUUCAACAUUCAGCCCGAGCCAUACGUGCCGGAGGUCUAUGAUCUUGAAUCUUUCCGACAGCUGCGCGCCGAUUGGGACAUGGCUCAGUGUAACUUUGCCAAGCACCUUGUUCGUACCGGUGAACAUUACGGCGUCACGUCCAACAUUUACAAAUUUACCGAAGAAAAAUGGGAAUCGAUCAACCGCGAAUGGAGACAUCACCACGAAGCCAUGGUUUCCGAACUCGAGGCGAACCAGGGCCCCGUGCUGAGCCUAACCAAGUCCAACCUCGACCCAUGCGAACAAAUCAAGAUUCCCCGCAUUCACGAUGAAAAGUUCCCUGAACUCGGGGAUGGCGAGAUUGUCGGUCCCAUGAAAAUCGCGCCUGCGACUGGCCUCUGUCGACGCCAGUCUUUGAAACGAAACUUUUUGAAGUUCUUCCAGGACCUGGUCGGCCGCUCCUAA